AGCUGACCUUGCAAGGGGGAGGGUCUCAGGAGUGGUCUAGAAUCUACAAGCAACCAUGCUUUCUCUCCUUCAUAGGACUGUGUGUGCAAGAUCUGCAAGCUCCAGGAGACUGCUAGAGCUCAGUAGGAGGCUCAGUGAUGACUCUGCACCUACCAAACUGAGGGUCUACACCAGAACAGGGGAUAAAGGUGUCACCAGUACCUUCUCCGGACAGCGGCUUCCCAAGACAGACGUGAUUUUCGAGGCACUGGGAGCAAACGAUGAGCUCAGCUCUUACGUCGGGCUGGCUCGAGAGUAUUGUCUGGAUUUGGAGGAGACAGUUGACCUCACUUUUGGUUCCCCAGCUGCCCCUCUGACGGAGAUUCUACAGGAGAUUCAAAGUUUGUUACAAGAUGUUGGAUCUCACAUGGCUACUCCAAGAGAUAAAGCAACUCCGAAAAAGAGAGCUCUGACAGACUUCAGUGAGAGUCAUGUGACCAAGUUAGAGACGUUGAUCAAUGCAAUGGACGAUCAUCUUCCUGAACUCAAGAACUUUAUUUUACCUUCGGGAGGAAAAAGCAGUGCCCAUCUCCACGUGGCCAGAACUAUCUGUAGACGAGCAGAAAGAAGGGUGGUCCCCCUCUAUGUGUCCGGGCAAGUUGACCAUACAGUGGCUAAAUACUUGAACAGGCUGAGUGAUUUCUUGUUCACUGCUGCAAGGUUCACUGCACAUAGAGAAGGGAAGAACGAAGUUGUGUAUCAGAAAGUGAAAUAACUAUAACCAGUUCUUUUAGUGAUCAUGCAGUAUUUGUUUGUUUUGUGCUUGUAUAAUGUGCUGUUAUGGAAGUGAUAUAAUUAUACUCAGCACAUAAUUUAUGCAAAAAUGAUGGUGUUUCAAUUUG